AUGUCCAAAGCAGACAGAGCCCAGCCUUGGUCCCGGCCAGCCAGCGCCCAGCCGAACCGUGCGCCCACCCCGGUCACACGACCUGGCUCCGCUGCGCCUUGGCGCGAGAGCCCUGAGUCGACUUCGCGAGGAUGCUCGCCGCUGUACGACUGCGUUGGAAUCCACUCUGGCGUCCCACCAGACCUAGCGCUCCCAGCAGAGGCUAGACAGGCCGGGGUGACUCGCCUGAGCCGCAGCGUCCUGCGGGAGCUCCGCCCGGACUCAGCGAGGAGAGGGCGGAGCAGCAUCCUGCAGGAUGACGACCACUGCCGCCCAUCAACAGCGCCAGCAGCCAGAGGGGUAUCUUCACCUUUUGCACAGCGGCAUCCGCAACCAGGAGAGCUUCCGCACUUCGGGCAGGAGGCGCUGGGCGAGGACCGGCCGCGCACCGCGCCGGCCGAAGAGCGGCCAGGCGCUGCCCAGAGGUCACGGCUCAGGCAGUCGACAGAGGAUGCCGUCACUGAGCUGCAAGGUACCCUGCUAGAGGGUGAUGAGGAAGAGGACGGCGUGACCACCUUCCAGUUGAGGCCUCAAUCCGCCGCCGCAAUCCCGUUGGUCGAGAACGAGGCGGACAUGACGGAGCAGCCCACUUUCCGUGCUGCGACAAGUAGAUCUUCAAGGGUCGCUGCGCGCCUCGCGGGUCACCCCUUGACCCGGCAGCUGCGCCGCACCGUCUGGCGACCCGAGGCAUUCCUGGCGCUCAGAAGCGAGGUGCUGCAGCCUCCUCCUGGAAACCCCGAGAUGAUUGCGGAGCUGUACCGCUUUGUCGGGUGGACUACGCGGAAGGCCCUGGAAGAUCAGGGCUACACCACGCGCGACGCCAGGGAGGGCGGCGACCGCCACGUGAGCUUCUGGCCGGAAAUCGGACGCUGCGACAUCAGAUGGUAUGGCGACGCGAAGCCGCAUCUCAGCUUUGACGCGCAUCCCAAAGGCAAAGAGCCGAGCGACGACGCCGUGGUCACCACCGCCCCGGUGCUGGAGACGCUGGUUCGGCUGGCAUCCGUGUGCCCGGGAAAGCCCUUGGUCUUGAUCGCGGAGGCAGUCGAGUUUGACGACGCUGGAGGCGUGGACCAGCGGCAUUCCUUCGGAGUGGUGCCGGAUGAUCUGCUUCUUCGGAGCGACCUGGGCCGAUUCCUUGAUGAAACAAAGAGAUCGUGCCGCCAGUGGAACCAGCACGACGGCCGGCCAAAGAGCACGCUGCGGGACUACUUGGCAGACACGGAAACACCCUUCGUGGCGCGAUUCAAGGAGGUCGCUCUCUUCCGCGGCGCUGCAGAGCAGGGCUAUCCCUUCCUCGAGGAGCCCAUGCGCAUCACGGUGAUCCUGAUGUCCAUGCCACGGCAGCGGACGAUGAUGCAGAGGGUCCACUACCAGACGAAGCCGCCCGUGGACUGGUACGAGCAGUUGACCGAGUACCACUCCGUGGCUUCACGCUUCCUUUUGGCCGCCCGAGCCAUCAAGGAGGUGCUGGCGGAGCAAGAAGACCAGGCCAACAAAGCUUUGGUGGUCAUGUCCAUGCCAGGCUGUGCCGGCAAUGCGCAGCAGCCUUAUGAUGCCAUGGCCACCUGCAUCAAGCACUGGAAGCAGAACUACAGCGAGCUCAUCGAGUGCCUUCACAUCUGCUGCAGGAACCGUCGAGGUCCAGAUGAUGUGAUGACAGCUUGUGUCCGCGCGGCCGUGAACCUGCGCGAGCGGCCGGCGCCGGGCCUGGACGCGCAGCACAGGCAGGGUGCAAAGCUGCCAGCAAGACCAAAGAGGAUGCAAGGCAACAAGUCGAUUUUGGACGACCCGCUCGAUGAGGACGAGACAGACGAGGCAGUGGCGCAAUUUCGUGCCUUGUCCGAGCACUCCGUGCAGUUCGGAACAAAUCGCAGAGGCUCCAUCGUGUGGACAGCUACAUCGGUAUCUGACGUCAUGAGGCACAAGAAGAAGAUGGUCGAGGAAAGGAAUCAGAUGCGCGCUCUUACCCGACCUCGCGAUCAGGCUAUGGCCAUGGCUACCGUGAACCUCGUGAUCACAGAAAGGCGAAAGUCCGCGGACAUGUCGAGCUUGAUCCCUUUGCAGGCGCUGACAAUGCCGGCGGGCGCCGCAGUUCUGGGUCAAAGUCAAGAUGAAGCGGAUGACACAGGAACUGAUGCAUCCGAGUCCUGUGCCAGCUUCGGCGAUCCCUCCCUCCCCGCGCAAGCUGCGAUCCGUCCAGAGCUCCGGGAGGCUCUGAGAAGGAGCAGCGCGCCGGAUCUUCGAGCGAGGCGGAAGAGUGACUUUGUCGCCAUGGAGGUGGCACCUGCACCCAAGCGGCGUGCCUCCGCAGCCUGCAUCAGCUGGACGCAGGAGUGUCCGGAUUGGGAGCGCCUCAUGCCGGAGAAGGUGAAGGAGCUUGAGGAAAUGAGCAAGCUGGCAAAGCAAAGCCUGCAAGCCAAGGCAGCUAGCAGAAUGCUGAACCUGGUCGAGGAGAUGACCAAGACCCACUUUGACCGACGCAGGCGAAGCUCAGUGACUGGCCAGCUCGGAGCGGGGGAGGACUUCAAUGUCUUCGAGGGCAAAGGCCAGGCAGAGCAGACAAGGAGUUCGCGAGCCGACAAAGAAGGGCUCGGGGAGUCCCUGCGACUUGCAACCUGCGAAGGGUCACCGAGACCGCACUUCGUGACGGAUGACGCCCUGAAGCUCCGACAGGACACGCGAAACAGGCUCAGCGUUCGACUGGACGCUGAACCGAUUUCAGCGUCUUCACGUCGGGCUUCGCACAUCGACGAGCUCGCGGCAAAGCAGGCCGUUCACAUUCAGGCAGCGAACCAGCACAUCACCAAGGCUCCACGGCAAAACGGCCGGCUUCGCUUCUGCUGGGACAAAGGGCAAAGCUUUGCUCUUCCGGUGCCGCCAAAAGACCGGCCCUUCGCCUCUUUGCAUACGCAGUUCCGAAGGUCGCCAGUCGCCAGUUUGCGCACUGAAAACUCGUUCAAGGCACCAGGAAAUCGGAUGGCGGCUGAAGCCGAGCGCAUUUCCCGGCAGCCAUUGUGGCUCCAGCGCAACUUCGCUCCCCGGCGAAGCGGCUGCAGCGUCCGAAAAGGCACCAUGGAGGCAGUGCCCAAGCGGAUGCGCCCAAAGUUGCUAGAGGAGACCUGGCGGUGGUAUGGCCCCAAGGAUCCGGUGACCUUGGAGGACAUCAAGCAGGCGGGCGCCACCGGCAUUGUCACGGCACUCCACGAGAUGCCGAUCGGCGAGGUGUGGAGCGAGGAGGCCAUCUCAGAGCGGAAGAAGCUGUUAGAGUCCAAGGGCUUCACCUGGUCCGUGGUGGAAUCUGUCCCCGUGCACGAGAGCAUCAAGCUGGGCAAGCCGGAGCGGGAGAAGUUUAUCGAUGCCUACAAGCAGACGGUGCGGAACUUGGGUAAGUGCGGCGUGCGGCGCAUCUGCUACAACUUCAUGCCGGUCCUGGACUGGACCCGCACGGACCUCUCCCGGCGCUGGCCGGAUGGCUCGGAGGCCCUGGCCUACGACGCGGACGACUUGGCGGCCUUCGACCUCUUCAUCCUGCAGCGCGAGGGCGCUGAGAAGGAGUACGAAGCCUCCGCGGUGGCCAGGGCGAAGCGCUCCUUCGAGCAGAUGGACGAUGAGGCGAAAAAGCGGCUGCAGCAGAACAUCAUCGCGGGGUUGCCGGGGCGAAUGGUGGAGGCCUACUCCGUGGAACAGUUCCGGGAGGCGGUGGCGCAGUACAAGGGCAUGUCCAAGGAGCAGAUGCGGGAGAACUUGGCCUACUUCCUGAGGAGUGUGAUCCCGGCCUGCGAGGAGGCGGGGGUCUUCAUGGCCAUCCACCCAGACGACCCCCCGCGCCCGAUUCUGGGCCUGCCUCCGGCGUGCUCCACGGCGGAGGAUGUGAGGGCGCUAUUGGCCGCCAAGGACUCCAGGAACAACGGCAUCACCUUGUGCGUGGGCACCUACGCCUCCUCCCCGCAGAACAACGUGGAGGAGAUGUGCCGGGAGUUCGCCAGCCGCACCCACUUCGUGCACCUGCGGAACGUGACCAAGGAGCUGCCCCCGGGCGAGACGGGCCUGGGCCCUGCGGGCUGCACCUUCACGGAGUCGGACCACUUGGGCGGAGACGUGGACAUGUACUCCAUCAUGCUGACCAUGCUGCAGGAGAAGCAGCGACGAGUCAAGGAGGGUUGGUCCGACAGCGAGAUCCCGUUCCGGCCGGACCACGGGCACAAGAUGCUGGAUGACGCCCAGGCGGGGCGCAAGACGAACCCGGGCUACACCUGCAUCGGCCGGCUCCGGGGCCUGGCGGAGCUGCGGGGCCUGCAGCUGGGCAUCGCCUCCGCCGGACUCACCGAGCACGCGGAGGAGAAGCGCCUGGGACGGGGUCGGUCCACGGUGGGGUG